CCGGGGGCGGCGCGGCGGGGCGGCAGUCGUUCGGCGGCCGCGGGCGGCGCGGGCGGCGGCCCCGGUCAUGUCCAAGACGCUGCGGCGGCGGCGGCACUGGCUGAGCAAGGUGCAGGAGUGCGAGGUGUCGUGGGGCGGCGCGGCGGGGCCCGAGCUGCUGCGCGGCGGCGCCGAGCGCGGCGAGUUCCCGUACCUGGCGGCGCGGCCGCCGGGCCCCGCUCUGCGCUCGGGCCGCGCCCCGGCGCCCGGGGACGUGCUGCUCGAGGUGAACGGAACCCCCGUCAGCGGCCUCACGCACCGCGACACGCUGGCCGUGCUGCGGCACGGCGGCGGCACCGUGCGGCUCAAGACCGUGCGGCCAGGAAAAGUCAUCAACAAGGACCUGCGCCACUACUUGAGCCUUCAGUUCCAGAAGGGCUCCAUAGACCAUAAACUCCAGCAAGUGAUUAGAGACAACCUCUACUUGAGAACCAUCCCUUGCACUACGAGGGCUCCCAGGGAUGGGGAGGUCCCCGGAGUAGACUAUAAUUUCAUUCCUGUUGAGCAGUUUAAAGCACUGGAAGAAAGUGGGGCCCUGCUGGAAAGUGGAACGUAUGAAGGUAAUUUUUACGGCACUCCGAAGCCUCCGGCAGAGCCCAGCCCCUUCCAGCCCGACCCGGUGGAUCAAGUUCUGUUUGACAAUGAUUUUGAUACCGAAUCGCAGAGGAAAAGAACCACGUCUGUCAGCAAAAUGCAGCGGAUCGAGAGUUCUCUGCCUGAAGAGGAGGAAGAGGAGGAGAAGGAAGCCGUUAAUGGCAGCGGAGGGACAGAAAACAAAGAAAAACAUUCAGAUUCUCCUGACUGGAUGAAAACUGUUCCCAGCUACAACCAGACAAGCAGCGCCAUGGACUUCAGAAACUACUUGUCGCGGGAUGAGACCCUGGAACCGCUGCCCAAGAACUGGGAGAUGGCCUACACCGACACGGGCAUGAUUUACUUCAUUGACCACAACACCAAGACAACCACGUGGCUUGAUCCGCGCCUCUGUAAGAAAGCCAAAGCUCCAGAGGACUGUGAAGAUGGAGAGCUUCCUUAUGGGUGGGAAAAAAUAGAAGACCCUCAAUACGGAACGUAUUACGUUGAUCACAUUAACCAGAAAACACAGUUUGAAAAUCCAGUUUUGGAAGCCAAGAGGAAGAAACAGUUGGGGCAGAUGGAUGGGGGUUCUUCAAAAUCAGGACCGGAGAAGUCUGUCUUCACUCGAGAUCCAUCCCAGCUGACAGGAGCACUCAUACGGACGUCGCUGAAAAAAAGCACCAUGGGAUUUGGCUUUACAAUCAUCGGGGGGGACAGGCCCGAUGAGUUUCUGCAGGUGAAGAACGUGUUAAAAGAUGGACCUGCUGCCCAAGAUGGAAGAAUUGCGCCAGGGGAUGUCAUUGUAGACAUAAAUGGAAGCUGUGUCCUUGGCCAUACCCAUGCAGAUGUUGUCCAGAUGUUCCAGCUAGUUCCUGUCAAUCAGUACGUGAACAUGACCUUGUGUCGUGGCUAUCCUCUUCCUGAUGACAGUGAAGACCCCGUGGUAGAUAUCGUGACAGCUACACCCAUCAUCAAUGGGCCGCCCGGGACCAAGGGAGAUGUUUGUGUUACCAGCCAGGACUUAAUAGCUGGAGCAGUUGUGUUGGACCAGAAUGGAAAAAUGGGCCCUUUGCUGGUCAACGGUCGUCUGAAUGGCCCUUCCAUGGACACAACCGAGCAGAGGGUCUCUCUUGCGUCUUCAGGGGGUUCUCAACCAGAGCUGGUCACCAUUCCACUGGUCAAAGGGCCAAAAGGUUUUGGGUUUGCCAUCGCAGACAGCCCUAUGGGACAGAAGGUGAAGAUGAUCUUAGACAGCCAGUGGUGCCAAGGCCUGCAGAAGGGGGAUGUGAUCAAGGAGAUUUGCCAUCAGAAUGUGCAGAGCUUGACGCACCUGCAGGUGGUGGAGGUACUGAAGCAGUUCCCCGUGGGAGCAGAGGUGCCACUGCUUAUCUUACGCGGAGGUCCAGCCUCGCCUACUAAAACCACCAAAGGGAAGGACAAGCAAGACAGUUUAGGGAGUCUGGAAGCUGUCGGCGAUCCCAUCCCACAGCCGAUGCCGUUUCCACCCACCGCUGUGCGACCCGGCUCUCCUAAACCAGACCCUUCCGAAGUCUACCUGAAGUCCAAGACUAUGUACGAGGACAAACCUCCCAACACGAGAGAUUUGGAUGUUUUCCUGCGAAAACAAGAGUCCGGCUUUGGUUUCCGGGUGCUUGGAGGGGAUGGACCAGAUCAGCCCAUCUAUAUCGGAGCCAUCAUCCCGCUGGGAGCGGCAGAGAAGGACGGCAGGCUUCGAGCUGCGGAUGAGCUGAUGUGCAUCGAUGGAGUCCCUGUUAAAGGAAAGUCCCACAAGCAAGUUCUGGACUUGAUGACCAGCGCUGCACGGAACGGGCAGGUGCUGCUCACCGUCCGGAGGAAGAUCUUCUUUGGUGGGGAAAAACAACCCGAGGAGGAGGACUCGCAGCCUGUCUUGACACAAACCAGCUCUCCCCAACUGAAUCGGAUAGAGGGUGCAAACCAGCAGCCCCCAGAGGUCUACGAUGUCCGCCUGCAGCGGAAGGAGAAUGAAGGAUUCGGCUUCGUCAUCCUCACCUCGAAGAACAAACCUCCUCCCGGUGUGAUUCCUCACAAGAUUGGGCGAGUUAUAGAUGGGAGCCCGGCUGACCAGUGUGGGAAGCUGAAAGUGGGAGACCGCAUCUCGGCGGUGAACGGACAGUCCAUCAUGGAGCUCUCGCACGACAGCAUCGUGCAGCUGAUCAAGGACGCAGGCAACACGGUGACUCUGACUGUCGUCGCUGAGGAGGAACACCGUGGCCCUCCGUCAGGAACGAACUCCGCCAGGCAGAGUCCGGCUCCGCAGCACCGACCGCUGGGCUCGGCACAGGUCCCCCCCUCCGGUGCAGACAGGGCAGCCGCGGAAGGUGAUGCUGGAAAAGAAGCUUCUAACAGUUACAGGCUUUCCUGGCCCGAGCACAAGCACUUGGCACAGCCGGACGCUGGCACUGCGUCGGUUAUCGGCAGCCGACAUUCCCAGACGCAGAAUCCAGGCUGUUUCCCAGUGGAGCUGGAAAGGGGCCCUCGUGGGUUUGGAUUCAGCCUUCGAGGGGGAAAGGAGUACAACAUGGGCUUGUUCAUCCUGCGCCUGGCUGAGGACGGGCCGGCUGUCAAGGAUGGGAGAGUGCACGUUGGUGACCAGAUUGUCGAGAUUAAUGGAGAACCCACCCAAGGCAUCACUCACACGCGAGCCAUUGAGCUGAUCCAGGCUGGAGGGAAUAAAGUGCUGCUGCUGCUGCGGCCGGGAACUGGCCUCAUCCCAGAUCACAGUGAUUGGGAUAGUUCUAAUCCAUCUUUGUCAACUGUCAUAUAUGAAGAACAGUCACCAUUAUCUUCAUCCUCACAUCCUGCUUCCCCAUCCGAAGUCUGUUACCUACCAGUGGCAGGAGAAGCUUUACCGAGAGCUUUGCUGUCUGAGAAACUGGAACAAGCGAAGAACACUGUGCCUGAGAAGAGAAGCACUUUAACUGAAACCCAGUGGGAAGGGAAGCCUCAAUCUUCUCUCUGGAGAACAAAGAACCGGUGGGAACAGCCCUCCAGUCCAGGGUUUGAAAUGGCAAAAGGGAGUUUGGAAACAGGGACCAGAAGAGAUGGAUCUGCCAGUCUGGAAAAGCUGGUGGCUGCCGAAGGACCCCCUCACAGCGGAUUCCACAGCCCCAGGAAAGGGGAUCCUGACAGAACCUACAGCGAUCUCUCCUAUAAACCCGACAGUUCCAGACAGAGCGAGAGUAAAACCACAGAACCAGGCGUGAACAAUAGCAACAAAAGGGAGUUUUCCAGUGGGAAUCACGGGAGGUCUGCCAGUCCCCAGAAGCAUCUCGGUAAGCACGGAAGCGUCGAGACGGUAGGCAGGUCACAAGAAUACCUAGACAGAACAACGGGUGAUGAUAAAGCAGCUGGUGAGCAGUUGAGAGGUGGAAAUGGUAAACCAGGAGCCACCAGGAAAGACCCAAAGCAGAAGAGUUGGGGGAAGAUGGAAGGGUGGUCUGCAGAGCGACAGCACACAGCAUUUGAUGGGAAUCCUCUUCUGUUCAGUGACUCCAGGAGAAACACGCCCGAAGGUGAAAAACUAAAAAAAACAAGCUCUGGAGAGCCGAGUUCCAGCAGAUUCAAAACUUCCAGUCUUUCCAAUAUUCCACUGCUUUCCAUGGAAAAGCAAAGGUGGCCAGAAACGCAGGAGACUGUUACUCUGAACAGACACUAUGGUGAGAGACACAUGGAGCUGCCCAGCGAAACCAAAGAGGAUAGGAUUUCCAAAUCCGAGAGCAGUUCUCCAGUCAGGAAAACACCGAUAACGCCCGGGCCGUGGAGGGUGCCGGGCACCUGUAAAGUCACCCAGGCAGCAGGCGUGGCAGAAAAACGGGUUUGACCGGCACCUUUCCUAGAACUCAUUUGAAUCAGGUUUCUAAUCACGGUCACGGAAAGCGCCGUUGCUUUCCACGAGGCUGUUGGUUUUCAGACACUGGUUCGAGGGCAGGAAGUAUCGGAUUCAUUCUUAAAUUAUCCGAGCUGCAUGAAGGACCUUUUGGAUUGCUAUAAUGGAAUCCUCCGUAUGCUGCUGUCCCCGCUGCUCCCCACGUUGCGCUGCUACAGCUUUCCCUGAUCGUGUUUGUGAGAUUCUGAACAAAGUUAUUUAAUGCCUGUAUUGCCAAUGCGAUCCCGACUCGCAUCUUGUCCUUGUGCCAAGGUAUCUCCUGUGUCCGGUCGGUCCAGCUCUCCUCACGUGUAUCCCAGUCCUCGGAACAGCAGGGUUGGCUUUGGAAUGGUUAUUUUCUCAGCGCAUGCUGCAUGUUUACAGAUGGAAGCCCACGUUCUCACUGGUGAGGAGGCUCUGCUGGUUCCAGGGCAGCAGAUGAACCACCGAUGCCGUUCGGUUGAUGCUUUUCUUAUGUUUUUAUACCCAAUACAAAAUUGUGUGGAUAAAAAAUUCUGUUUGACAUCAUUGAUGUUUGGUAAUUUUGCUUUUGGUCCAACACAGCAAAAUUGCUUUAUCUUCUCGAUUCCUAAGGAUGCUGAUAACAGCCGUCAGCAACGUCUGUCAGCAAAGAGGGAAUUCUGGGUUCUGUGAAGAACAGAAUUCCUCUGGCUCCCUCCUGGCGCUCUCUCAUCCCUGGCAUCCUCUGGAAGCACAAGCGCUGAGGGCAGCCCUGAGUUCAGCCCUGAUCUCACCUUUCAUUAUUUAACGCUGGUUUAGGAGUCGGACUUUUCCCUCCGUGGAGACCUCAGCGGAGCUGUAGGAUAGAACCAGCGGCCGUAGCAGCUCCUGAAUGUGGUUCCUGCCUGUGUGUGGUAGAAGUCUCCUGUAUUUUACUUCGACGCGUGCUCUGUGCUGAACAGGACCGUACAUAAGGUAUCAGUAUCGACUCCUUGGGCUGUAACACACCUGUGUUAAAGGGAGGAUUGUGACCCAGAGCCCGACCGCCAGGCCGGCCCAGGAGCUGCAAGAGCAGCAGCCUCCACACAUGGAAGGGUUUGGUUUAUCCAUAGUUUUAGGGAUGAUUUCCGGACACGUCAGGUUUUUAAUGACUGCAAAGACGUGGGAAAAGGAGCCCCUGGCUCCCAUUUGCAACAGGAGGAAGUGGGAAAGGCCAAGCUUUACCCACGUUAAACUGAUAGCGAAUGAAUGAAAAUCUCAUUUUGGCUGUAAACAUGGGAUGUUUUUAACACUCAGCAAACCACAGGGAGCAGUUCUAGGCAGAUUCGUUGCUGUUGGAGCACAAGGGACCACUCCAAUGGCUUUUCAAAGAAAGAGAGACUCUGAAAAUUAAAUGGGCUUUAAUGCAGAUCUGAGCCAUGCUCUGCUGCUGGCACGGGAUGAUCCGCUGCGAUUGGUGUGUAGCACGUGUACGAACACUCCCUGGGAUGGACUGGACUGCGACCGUGUUGGACCCCUAACGGUAGCCGCUGUAGCUGUUGACCAAGCCCACCAACUGCCCUCCCAAUCCAAAGGCUGGAUAGUGCGAGGAACCGGCACUGCUGAAAGGAUUUCCCCUCAUCGACGACCCCGAUGUCUUUUCGAUGCGUUGUGAUCUGAGUUGGUGUCUCACCUGGCUGUGAGUUCUCCUUCCAUGGAACUUGUUUCUGUACUGACUGUCGGAUGCUGAGCAGUGCGGAGCAGCGUAUGGAUGUACUGGGUGUAAAUGUUUGUAUAUGUACAGCACCUUUAUACAUUCUCUGCGGUUCUGACGAGAGAGAGACCUGUAAAUCGCUCGUUAUUUUUUAUAUAGAUAUUAAAAAGAAACCCCAGUUCACAGCCUGUUGGUUCUGCGCUGUACGGAACAGAUCUGCCGCCGACCUCCAGCGCUGUGAAGCAUCACACAGCUCCUCCCUGACCCAAGUUUCACCCACAGAUCCCACAUUUGGCUGGAAAACAAAUGGAAUUCAUUGCUGGACACUUCCUUGACUCCCUAUUCCAAUAAGAAAUGUUCCUAAGAGGUAUUUAAAAUCCAUCAAGUCACGUAGAAGCCGCUGUUAAUGAUGAAAUACCUGUUCUGUAGGUUUAUUUGUACAUUUUGAUAUAUAAAAUUGUCAUUGCCUUUUACAUCCUGCACCUCCCCCUUGUACAGAAAAUAGCUGUAAACUAUUUACUACCAGAAAUUCUUAUUCUCCUUCCCCUCAGUGACAGAAUGAAGCUAUGAAACGUCCCUCCGGUUCUGCUUUUUUAUUACUAAUAAAUAGAAGACAGCGGGGGGUUUGGUGAGUAAACGGGAGUUUGGCAGGCAGCUGUGGAAUGUUCUGUUUCCCUCCCGUGCCCUUUCUGAACCCCCAAAUCCUCCUGGGCGAGGACAUCUCUGUCGUCUCGCAUCCACAGAGCUGGUUCCUGCAGCAGGGUUCUGCCUCAGGGACUGCAGCCGCCCCCACGGAGCAAAGCUGGUUCUCAGGGAAAGCGGAGAGAGCCCAGGCUAAGC